CCUACUUAUUGUACUUUCAUUUCCGUGUUGAAUAUUCGAUUAAUCCAAACAAAAUGAUGUAAACCGAGCCUAAUGUCUCUUUAAAUACGUGGAUCUGAUGCAACUUCAUUCUAUUUCCGAUCCUUAACAAGUUUUUAUUUUUGAAGAACUUGCAGAAAGUAUGUCAGACCGAAAAUGUCAAAUUAUUCAUGUUUAUUUUUGGCCAUGUGCUACCAAAGGAAAAUCAGAUGGGGCUGAGUAAUGACAGAAUUUACAAUUUGGCAUUGUAUUGACAGCUUAAGAUAUGUUGCAGACGUCGUGGAUUGCGCUCAUAUUAGGCUGCUGGUCCAGCCUCUACCUUUUGGAUGCUUUUCUGAAGACGCAGCCAUGGUCAGCAAGGCGAUACAUGACAUUUCUUGAUAAGACCGGUUUCUCUGUCUCAGUAUGUCAAUUUAGAUGGUACUCAACAUCCCUGAACAGAACCUUUUUACGCCUGGCACAAUGGAGACCAAAUUUUCUGCGAACCUGGUUUACGUUUGGCGUGUUCUUUGGGCUGGUUGCCAUGCUGCUGUCGGUGAUGUUGCUCACAUUAAUGGUUUUCAACACCUUGACCAGGGAAACAGUAGAGAAUCAAGUUCUCACACCCAUUAUGCCUGGAGUGAAUCUGCCAGCCAGUCAGAUUUCUUACUAUAUGCUUACACUGUUGGUCUGUGGAAUCUUGCAUGAAUUUGGACAUGCAAUAGCAGCCAUCAGAGAACAAGUACGGGUAAAUGGAUUUGGUCUUUUCCUGAUGCUCAUAUACCCGGGUGCAUACGUGGACCUCUCUUCUGAACACCUACAGAUCAUUUCCCCGAUGAGACAACUGCGUAUCUACUGUGCAGGUGUUUGGCAUAACUUCAUCAUUGUCCUGAUUGGAAUCCUUGUGCUGUUCAUGUAUCCAUGGUUUUUAAUGCCAUUUUACUCAACUGGAUAUGGGGUUGUGAUUACACAAGUGUCAGAGAAUACAGCAGUCUCCGGUCCCCGAGGCCUAGCUAUCCGGGACCCAGUCACGAGCGUGGGAGGGUGUCCAGUUACCAGCGUAAAAGAUUGGAAUUAUUGCCUUACCAUGAGCAUACGGGAACCAUCCCUGGGAAACUGUCUUCCUGUUUCCAUGAUAUCUGAGUUGGAUACGUCAAGUAAAAAGAAACUAGAUACAGACAAGAAGUCAGCUUACAUUGACUGUUGUAACGAGACAAGCAGCACGCACCUUUGUUUUAUGUACCAUACCAAGAAGAUCCCAAAUAAUGUAUAUGCAUGUUUGCCAGCACGAGCCACUACAGAUCGUCCAAUUUGCAAGUUCCAAAGCGACUGCUACGCCCCAAACAUGGAAAUGUCAUGCGUCUACCCCUCGGUGGAUAACCAGACAAAGCUAUUACGCGUUAUACAUGGGCACAAACCUCCGUUGUUGUUUCUUGGGCAUCCGUUAGAUCUGCAUUAUUCUGUGAUACUCAGCAACUACAUUCCAUACAGUGCCUUGAUUCCGGUCAAUCUGCCAUAUGCUAUUGACACAUUCUGCAAAUACCUGAUAUCAUUGUCAGGGGCGUUAGUCAUUCUAAAUGUUGUCCCGUGUUACGCCCUAGACGGCCAAUUCAUCUGCCAAGGAUUCAUAGAACUUACGUUACGAUCGACCAUACCGGAUAAAGAAGUUCGAGACGCAAUCUUCUCGCUCAGUGUUCUGUUCGGGACAGUUUUGUUGGCACUAAAUGUGAUAAUGGCAAUGUGGAUGUUGUUUGUAGGUUGAAAACGCUUAUGAUUUUUGGUUUGUGUGUGCUCCUGUGUUGCCAUGUAAGGCAACCAUCAAGAGAUCUAGAGUGGCCUCUGUGUUGGUGGUGGCCAGGUUUUAACUGUGUGUGGAGAUUGUUACAAAAAAUUGAAUUGCUAUAACAAAAUUGAUAGGAUUUUCAGCUGAGGUACAUCAAAAAUAUAGUCCCUUGCUUAAACAUUGAGUCAGGGACUCAGUUUUUUCUGCAUCAGGGAAAUCCCUAAUUUGGGGUCCAUAUUUAUGGUUAAUGUAUUGAAGAAUAAGGUAUUGUUACUGAACGAUUAAUGUUACCAGGGAUUGACGUUUGAGGGAUUGUUAGAUGAACUUAUUUGGGUUUGUUCCAUUAUUCUGAAACACUGCUGGGAUUAUAAGCCUGAGAUGAAGCAAGCAUGAUCCGAAUUUUGUUUGAAAUUUAAGAUAUUGUGUAUGUGUUUUUUAUUACAAUAUUACGUGAUUGGUCUUUAUCUGAAACAGAUUUUUAACUGAGUUAUUACUCAAAUGAAAUGUUUUAUUAAGGCUAACAUCAGCAAAUAAAUAUAAUGACGAAGCAAGAUUUUGCUGCGUUAUAGAAAAUAAUUGAAAGGCUGAAUAAUGGCAAGACUGGAAACCGAAGUUGAAAGGUGGAUGCAUCAGAUGUACUGGAAACUUUGGUGCAUGAAACAUCAAAUUCAGUACAGUGCUGAGUAAAACAAGAUUUUGAUGUUAGCACUGAAUAGGGCUGAUGUUGUGGCUAGAUCCUGUUGCAAUAAACAUUGAAGAGCAAGGACUCCUUCUGGAAUGAACAGGGUUUUACCGAGACAUUUAUGAAGCAGAGAACACUAUUGAGAAUUAGAGACUGCUUGGUGAAAGUGUUUAUGACAAUAUGAGGCUGAACCAAAGAAAAACAAUACAUGUAUAUUAUAUAGUACAGGUAGUCAUAAACUACCGUAGUAGUUUAAUGUCAUAGUGGAAUGCCUACAAGCAUGAGUUGGAGAAGUGGGUGGGGAAAGAUACCAAAUGUUAUUGUAGAUUAAACAGUUACUCUCUUAUAAGAAUGAUUCAAAUUUCUGUGCGCGUACAACAGAUCAUAUUAAUGGCCUUUGAAUGAAUUGUUCAGUGUUUAGCUCUACUGGCCAUAGGCCUUUGGAGCUUAUGUGAUAGCGUGGUGUCUGUCAUUCAUGUGUGUUUGCUGCGAUAAGGUCUUCAGGUCUGAUUUUAUCUCGUUCUAUUUAUACAGUAGUUAAAUGAGCGCCAUGAUCGGUUGGUUCCUUUUGAAAACCAGCCAGAUCUGCCCAUGCAUGACUAGAUUAUGGCCCUAGAAGAGGUGUAGCCCUUUCAAAAAUAUAGUAUAAGGGAGACAACUUGUACAGAGAGUCUUGUAUUUAUUGUAACUACUUGUUACUCUCCCUUUGCCCUUUGUUACAAAUAAGCAGGAAAACAUAUGGUUCACUGAUUGCUACCCACUCUUGCACACAGUGGUCAGAAAUUGGCUCAGUGUGAGCAUUAUUUGAUAAGCUCAUAGAGAGAUGAAUUUUCUACCUUCUGUACCCUGUGUGUAGGAGUGUACCCUUUGGGUUCAGUAUAUCACCUUUUACUAGUUCGUACAUGCUUUGGAUUAAAAAAUACCAAAAAUGUCAUGCCAGUAGAGCAUAGGUCAUCGUGGGCCCCUUGUUUGUUUUUUCCUUAUGUAGAUUAAUUGGUAAUAAGAGUCUUAACCCAGUUUGCCGUGUGUUUUUCUGCUGCUUAUUUUUUAAUAUACAGUAAAACUCUGUAUUGUUCCAAACAGCAAGUGAAAUAAGAAUGGGCAAAGGGGUUAUAUCAGGGCUCCAUUAAACUCCUUAGCGGUGUGUAAUUUGAAAAUAAUUAGCCAUGCAACACUUGUGCACAGUCCAACGGGGAAAGCAUUCCCAUUUUGACCUCAUUGAUAUUUCAUUAUGUUUGUUGUUCAAAUACAUGUAAAGAACAGAAGACUGCAGAAUACUGCUGAUAGGAUUUUUAAGCAGAGAGUUUAGUUAAUACUAUGUAUUAUAGAGAUUGUGUCAAUUUAUGCAUAUGUUUUGUGAUUUAUUUAUGUUAUUUAUUGUAUGUUUAAUGUCAUUUACAAGAUUAAUUGAUUGUACAUAAUACUCUUGAUAUAUUUUGGAAAUACUGUGUUGUUUGCUUCCAAUGGACAGGAUUUUCGAAUCUGAAAAGUUAUAAACCAUAUAGCAUUAUUACAGCAUACUUUGAGGGAAGUUACCCAGAUGUUACAAGAAAUUAGGGCAGCUUCAUUGAUAAGCUGUAUUUUUUUUAUUCACUGACUUUAACAUUUGAGGAGCUGUGAACAGAUAUAUCCAUAUGUAAUUUAUUUUCCAACGAAGAAAUGUAAUCAACAGGUUUAAAAUAAGUUUAUUAAAAAAGGAAUUUCAUUGGGGCAUAACAAAGUAACCACAUCUUAGGCAGCGCAUGCUUUAAAAAAUGUGUACUCAAAGUUUCAUCAGAUUUAGUGUUUGCCGCCAGAUUUUUAAAAUGUUUAGUUUCUUAUAUGUGAAGAGUCAUUUCUUAUUGCUGUAAAGACUCUUCAUGAUUAAGGAAAUGACUAUAACUGCGAGGGGGUGGGGGGGAUUUGAAAUCUGAUACAAUUUCAAAGAGGCUAAUUCUAAGUCAGUAAGAAUUUAUUCAGUGAUUUCUUCAAGAAUAAGAAACCAUGGUCAUUUCGCUGUGCUCCUUUCCCUUAGGCUACUUAUUUACGUGGAAACUACUUAAUAAACUAAUACCUCUACAUAUAAGGUAAUUGCAAGGAUAUUUCCUGUUAAGUGUUUCGUUGAUUGUACAUUGCAAAGCAGAACAAAAAUAGGGGGACCAAAUUGGUUAGAAUUGAACACCAAAACAACCAUGUGACUUCAUCUUGAGUUUAUGUUCUCCUUUUUUGUGUCAUUUAUGUUUUUAUAAUUUUAUAAUAUCUUUUAUACAUGAUUUUAAAACAGCUAAUAGAAAAUUCAUUUCUUUCAUUUAAUUGAGUGAUACUGUGUUUUUGAUAGUCAUUUAUUCCCUGUCAGACAGCUUUCAAUGAUUCAGUGGUCUUGUAUUUACUUAAAUGUGAAGAAAAUUAGAUAAUGAGUUAUUAUAUUAUUUCAGAAAAAAACAGAGUUAAGUAAUUUUGCAGACGACAAAAUGAAUAUGUUUAUUUACCUUGCCCAGGUAUUACUAUAAAAAAUAGUCCUAUUUGUUAUGUGGUGUUAAUGAUUAUUGAUUGAUUGUUGAUCCAUUGCAAUAAUUGUUAUUGAUCUAGAUAAUGGCAAGACCAUUAUCUAUUUUGUCUGUUCAUUUUAAGUAUGGGACCAAUAAAGUUCAGUUUAAGGAGUGCUCUUGGCAGUCUUUACAUAUAUAUAUAUAUAUAUAUAUAGAUAUAUAUAUAUAUAAUUAUAUCUUACAUUUCAUCGCUUCAAACAGGCACAUCAGAGCCAAGUAUUCCGUGUACUCUAUUUUGGUUAUUGGGGCACAUGACUAUUAGUUCAUUCAUAUUUUUGGCCGUUGUGUUACACUUAAUGAUUUACCUACCUAAUUUAUGAUAUUAAUCUAAGCUGGUAAUGAUACCUACAUGUAUAACAAAUUGAAUAACAGAUUGAAUUUACUUCCUAUUCCUGUGGUUCUUAGGCUUGUCUUGAGUACAAGUUUCAGGCCCGGGCUCAAAAAACUGAAAUUUUCAAAAUAAUUAUGUAACUAAUUUUGACAAAAGAUUUGUGCCUGAUUGUAGAAUAGAUUAUUUGUGUUGAGAGAUUUUGCAGUAUUUUUUCCAUCUUUGCCCCUGUAAUACAAUUUUGACAGCAAAAUUAAGAUUUUGAUUUUUCUGAGUCUGAUCUUAGUCUCAACUCGAAAUGUUAGUGAAUAUAUAGGGCCCUCAGUUGCUCCCUUUCAUUUGCUAUUAAUUAUACUUGAAUUAUAUCCUAUAAUUAUCAUUAUUUUUAUCACAGGACCUCAUUUAUCAGUUGAACUUCAAAUGAAUUAAGCUAAUAUAAUACUGUUUUUGAUUUAUUGUCUCAGAGUUUAACCGAAUCGUUUCACAUGUCAUUAAUAAUUUUUUGCAACAAAACUAACUUUGAACUAAAAUUCAUGUGAUUUAAUGAAUAUAUGUUAUGUUCUUGGUUGUGAAUAAAGUUACACGCAUUUAAAUAUAAGGGAGGUUGCGAAACAAGAUGUUUCUAACUUGUAUGUGUAGAUACACAUACAUGUAAAAAUUGCAGUUUGGUUUUAAAGUCUUGUGAAAUUUCACUAAGAACUUAUACUGCUGGGCUUGCUGAUACUUCAGCUUCCUUGUGCUGAAGAACAUGUCAAUUGAAUAUGUACAAUGUACACAUACUGUAAAACACUGCGUAUAGAUCACACUUUUCGACCAGAAUUCCCAUAUAAAAAAUGCGUGCAUCUUUUCUAUAGUAUUAGGCUUUUGAUUAUUAACCAGGUUUUCACAUAGUGAAACCUGGUUAGAAUGACGAACGUCGUUGUUCGGGCAGUCGGGCGGGCAGCGUCAAACUCACCUAUGAAACUAAAUAACUUUAGUAAGGGAUGACAUAUCUUGACCAAACUUGGUCUACAGAAAGAGUUUAUGGGUACCUUUCAUGGGAUUGCGUUUGGUCUCCCUAGGGUCAAGGUCAAGGUCACUGUUACUAAAAAUAGAAAAACAGUUGAAACUGGAUAACUUUAGUUAGGGAUGACAUAUCUUGACCCAACUUGGUAUAAAGGAAGAGUUUAUGGAUACCUUUCAAUGGAUUGCAUUUGGGGUCCCUUGGGUCAAGGUCACUGUUACUAAAAAUAGAAAAACAGACACAGGCUGAAGUUCUUCUGUCAAUCAUUAAAAACCUGGUUUCGUCGCAUUGCGGCGUUUCUUGUUAUUUUUUCAGAAGUCCAUUUCAGGCCGAAAUUGCUUUAAUAGAGAGAUGAGUGGAAGAAAAUGUGUUUGUUUACAUUAUACCGAAAUGGACAUUACUCACAUCGGUUGAUGGAUUUAGUUAAUAACGGCAGUGGAAAAUCGGGUACAGUUAGCAUCAGCAGACAUCUACAAAUAAAUGGAGUUAAUUACUUUCAAGUUUCGAUAUUGUACGAUAGUUUCUACCUAGUAUGAUUCUGUAUACCUGAGGUGGUAUUCAAUAAGCGACUUAAAUCGAUCUUAUGGUCAUACAUCAUUGACUUCACUCACUCUAUUGGUCAGUUAUUAAUUAAUAACAAGUUAUCAAAUUAGCUACAUCGUUCUUAGAUCCAAUUAAGAGCAAUACUGAAUACCAACCAAGUAUAUUAUAACAUAUUGCAAACAAAGAAGUCCCCACCUAUGACGUGUACCCUUGCCCAUACAUGAAGUGUUCCGCAACCUCUCUUAUCGUCUAAUUCUGUAUGGUUCAGCGGUUUAUUCUGUGUAUAUCUUGUGCAAUUUUAAAUGUUUAUACAGAUGUCAUGUUAUAUAUUCUACCCUGCUCAUCUUGAUUCAUGGUAAAUUAUUUUGGUAGUAAAAUAGUGAUACUUCUGUUUUGACGAAGUCUAUGUUAUUGCACUACCUUUUACUUGUACUGUUCUGUAAUAUUUUAUGUUUCGACAUUAUUAUAACUUAUGUCCAAAAUGUUAAAAGUGUACAGUAUGCAGAUUAUUUUUUAAAUAAAUCUGAUUAAAUUG